CUGUUCAGAGCUCAGCUGAGUAAGAGACAAACGUUAGUGCGAGUGGGACUUUUAGUGCUGCUCUACUGUACCAGACUUGGCUCUUAUUAGCUAGUGCGCAAUAUCACCGUCUUUGCCUUUCUCUCUAUCUAAGCUGCGUGUCUAUACUGCAUUCCUCCGAGUGGAAAGCUGUCCCCUUUACCGUCCUCCUGGACUCUGCAUUUUCUAUAUAGUAAUAUACUGGCUCAUGAAGAAGCUAUUGGUGUUGUCUUCAUUGUCAGCUAUCUGGGUCUUGAAAACAUGGGAUUCUCUUCUCGCCUUUGCCACUCGCCAAUCUCACUCAAGAUUGACCUCUUGGGCCAGUCUAUAGGACCUUGGCGGGAUGUCAGAACGGGGUUUUCUCUACGAAGUAAUGGCUCUGAACUUUGUGGCCAACGGGUUGCAAGAGUGGGAGUCGACUUACACUGUGAAUGGAGUUUCAUAGGAGGAUCAAGAGUUAUUUUUAAACCAAAACUUGCAAGAUGUGUUCUUUAUCAAAAAAGCUCUGGAGUAUACGCUUCAUGGUUGUCAAGUUCUCAACUUGCUAGCAGUGUUUUUUCUUUGGGAACAGUAGCUGUUCUCCCAUUUUAUACCCUCAUGGUUCUGGCUCCUAAAGCUGAGCUGACUAAAAAAUCUGUGGAAAGCAAUAUACCCUACAUUGUUCUUGGACUUCUAUAUGCAUAUCUAUUAUACCUCUCUUGGACGCCUGAAACAAUCAGCAUGAUUUUUGCAAGUAAAUACUUGCUGCCAGAGCUGCCUAGCAUCGCAAAGAUGUUCUCAAGUGAGAUGACUUUAGCUUCUGCAUGGAUUCACUUGUUGGUUGUAGAUCUCUUUGCUGCAAGGCAGGUUUAUAAUGAUGGACAGGAAAACCAAAUUGAGACGCGGCAUUCAGUUUCUUUUUGCCUGCUUUUUUGUCCCAUUGGAAUCCUUACUCAUGUCAUCACCAAAGCAGUGAGCAAAAGUUCCAGAACUUCCUGACAUGUCAUGUUCAUGAUUCACUUUGCAGAAACAAUCAAGCAAUGGAUUUAUGAAUUUGAAAAUUUUCAAAACUCUAAUUGGAAUGAAUAUUGUUUCAACUUCAUCAGAUAUUAAUGAAUGCUGAGUUUUUAUUGUUUCCUUUUAUCAAAUAUACAUGAUUUGGACUCAAA